GGAAACUGAAAGGGGAACUGAGGCCACGGAAGCAGGUGAGCAGGGCGAGCAGGCGCGGAUGGAGCGCGAAAGGCCUCCGUCCGCGGGCAGUGGCAAUGGCUCCCGUCACAACGCCGGCAAGCGCGCCCAGCGAGCUCAGCCGGCGUCCGGCAGCAAGGCACGGACCACAAAAGCACUUAGGUCAUUACAGUUUGCAAAUCCAGGCCGUCAGAUAAAAGAAUUUACUCCGGAAACCAGUCGGAGAGUGAAACGGAAGCAGCAGACGAAGCAGCCAAAUCAGUCUAAUGCAGACAGGCAGACGAUGCCCGUAAAAAGCAAAGUUUAUGACAGUCAAGGACUCCUCAUCUUCAGUGGACUGGAUAGAUGUGAUUGUUUGGACGAGCAUUGUUUGGGUUGCUUCUACCCCUGUCCCAACUGUGGAUCCCAGAAGUGUGGCAUUGAAUGUCGUUGUGACCGAAAAUGGUUAUACGAGCAAAUUGAAGUGGAGGGCGGCGAAAUAAUUCGAAAUAAAAAUGUUAACUAGGUUGCUGGGGUGGGGUAGUUAUAAAAGAUUUUAUUUAUAAAUUUAACCUAAAAUGUGCCAUUUUUGUCUGCAACCCAUUGGAACUGCAUCCUUGUAAAAGUGUUGGUAUUUAGCUGGCACUUGAUCCAAGGUAUUUUCUGCAGAAAGGAAACCUGUCACAAAUCUCUAAAGAUAUACUAGCAUAUUUAAUAGUUUUUAAUGUUAGAGCAAUUUAAAUAUAUAAUGGGCAGUGUUAAUGUGAUGUGCUGUAAGUGCUAAUGUUUGCUAGAAGAGUUUAACUUCCUCUUCUACUUGUCAACCAAUUUGAAUUGUUGAAUUCAAAUUUUUUUAAGCAAUAACUUCUAAUUUUCAUUCACUUUGAAUUACUGGGUAAUUAAAAAUAAUCAAUGGAAGAUUGUAUUUUGAUUGUCAAGACUAAGUUGUUUCCACCUUGGCUAUUAAAUAAAGCUGUUUCUUUCUGUGACGCUGUGCUGCUGCAUAUUAAAGCUGCUGGACGCUA